AUGACUGACAUCAACCCUCCAUUCACCUCUUCCGAGCCUGUUACUCCAGCCACCAGCAAUUUUGUCCCCACUAUCCAUCUAUCCCAUUAUACUGGACCAACCCCUCGGUUCAGAAGCUUCAGCAACCUCAAACUCACUGAACAUGAAGAAAAUGAGCUUGUUGAUUCUAUCCUUGUGCUUGACUUUACUGUUCCCCUUUCAACUAUCCUUGGUCUUAACAAAAGGAUCAUCACGUUACUAAUCUCUCACAUCAAACCCAUCAAACACGCAACCGAAGGUCCUCACAACAACCCCUCAAAUACUGCUACAGACCCCACACCACCAUCCGCCAUGUCCAUUAACAUGGUAAUGAUCAAUGCCCUAUCAGCAUCUCCUGAAAAAGACAAUGAUCAACUACUUCUCGAAAACACGAGGUCUGCUGGUCCUCUACUCUAUGUCCCUAUUGAAAUCAACAACCAACGAAUCUCUAACUGUCUCAUCGACGCAGAAAGUAAAGUAAACAUUAUCUCUACUACCAUUUCAGACGUUCUCAAGCUCCCACUUAUCCCCACCCAACAUACUGGCUGGAGAUACAAUGGGCUAAAUACAUUCUUUGACUACAAAACUAACAUCCUUUUCAAAAUGGACUCAACCACUUUCACUGCAACAUUUUACGUUUUUCCCCAUCUAGACACGUGCCAAGCCCUUCUAUGCUCUGCCUUAUUAACCUCUUAUGGCAUAUUCACGCACUCCCGCCUUGAACCUAACCUUGGCAUUCAACAAUUCAAUAUCUACUACACUGUGCCAUUCACAACAGACCGUCGUCGCUUCUCUAUUCCCUUAAUCGUUCCUGAAGAAGCUAACUUCCUCGACCCUAACCUCCGUCUUAACUCAACCCUUGAACAACUAUCUACUUCCUCUCUCGACACUACAGCAACUGACUUGACUAUCCCAUGUAUACGCUAUUACUGUCUCUUCUGCACAACCUACUUCUUUCAGUCCUGA